AUGCCGCCUCCAACAUCUCUACUGCUCCUGGCAGCUCUACUCCCGCUCAGUCUAGCGGCCAGCGAUUGGAAGACCGGAGAAGUGACGGGAAAAGUCGUCGAAAAGUCCGAUUUCCCGUGCUACAGUCUCUCGCGUGAUAACUACACCUGCUCAGCCUGCAUCCAGUUCCAUGAGUCAUGUGCGUGGUGCGGAGCGCCGGUGAGUCAUACAUAUUUUUCUGGCAAGUUUAGAAUGGGUUUUCAGAUGUUUGAUGAAAAGAAGCCAUACGCCCGAUGUGACAACAGAGCGAAGCUUCUGGAGCACGGAUGUCCGGACAGCUAUAUCGAAGAUCCGACCACUAAAUUGGAUAUUGUCGAGGACAGCAAACUGUCCGAUCAAGGACAAGUUGAAUCAGAAGAAGAAGCCGUCCAAAUCAAGCCACAGGAGAUGUACGUCGAGAUCAGGCCAAGUGAGUAAAAAUAAAAGAGAAACAGCUGGACUAUCCACUUGUUUCAGAAUCCCGUGUUCGCUUCAACGUAACCUAUCGACAAGCGGUCGAUUAUCCAGUCGACCUCUAUUAUUUGAUGGAUCUCUCUUACUCCAUGAAAGACGACAAGCAGAAGCUUUCGGAGCUCGGAGAUCUUCUCGCUGAACGAAUGCGCACAGUCACCAAGAACUUUCGUCUCGGCUUCGGCAGCUUCAUCGACAAGAAGCUGAUGCCGUUCAUCGAUCCUCGCAUCGAGAAGCAGCUAUCUCCUUGUCCAACUCCCUGUGCCGAACCGUACGGAUUCAAGCAUCAGAUGUCGUUGACGACGAACACUGCAAAGUUCAAGGCUGAGGUCGAUAAGGCCGAAAUUUCUGGAAACUUGGAUGCACCAGAAGGAGGAUUCGAUGCCGUUGUCCAGGCUCUUGCUUGUAAUGUGAGUUCAUUUCUAUUGCAGUUUCAGAACAACACGUUUUUCUUUUCAGAAGACCAUCGGAUGGCGUGAACGUGCUCGUAAAAUGAUCGUCUUCUCGACGGACGCGGGAUUCCACUUUGCCGGAGACGGCAGACUGGCCGGAGUCGUCGAGCCGAACGACGGAACCUGCCACCUGGAUAGAGAGGGAUACUACACGGAGACGCUGAACCAAGACUAUCCAUCGAUCGCUCUUCUCCAUCAAAUGAUCAAGGACCGCAAGGCCAACGUCAUUUUCGCAGUUACCAAGAACAACCAGGAUCUGUACACGCAGCUCUCUAACGCCCUUCCGGACGUCUCUUCGUCCGUCGGAGUACUUGCCAAUGACUCGCGAAACAUUGUCGAUUUGAUUGAGAAGGAGUACUUAAAGAUCAGUGAGAAGAUCAUUAUGGUCGACAACGCAAACGCAUCGGAGGGUCUCAAGCUCACGUACAGAUCUAUGUGCCUUGAGUAAGCAAACUCUUUCUUGAUUAAAAACUAUUAUCGAUCUACUUUUCAGUGGAACAACCCUGAAAGACACGAAUGUUUGUGAGGGAAUCCGUGUCGGAGAUGAAGUUCAGUUCGAAGUAACUCUGGAGAACACGCAUUGCGUCGACAAAAGAGACUUUGUUCUGCGCAUCGGACCGUCCGGACUCGACGAAACGCUCAUUGUGAACGUGAAAGUUUUGUGCGAUUGUGACUGUGAAAAGCAAGAUCGGAUUGUGACAAAUGCGGAAGAGUGCCACGGAGGGGACAUGGUUUGCGGAGUGUGCAGAUGCAAAGGCGGAAACGUCGGAAAGUUUUGCGAGUGUAACCGACCCGGAAUGAGCACUGCAGCACUCAACGAGAAGUGUAAGAGGUGAGAACUCCUUUUGAACCAAAGCGAACAAACUAACCUGCCUCUUUUCAGAACAAACGAGUCAGCAAUCUGCGAAGGCCGCGGAGUGUGCAACUGUGGUCGGUGCGAGUGCAAUCCACGUGCCAAUCCGGAAGAACAGAUCUCCGGAGAGUUCUGCGAGUGCGACAACUUCAAUUGCCCUCGUCACGACCGCAAAAUCUGUGCCGAGCACGGAGAAUGCAAUUGCGGAAAGUGCAUCUGCGCGCCUGGAUGGACUGGAAGAGCCUGCGAGUGCCCGAUCUCCACUGAUUCCUGCCUUUCUGCCAACGGAAAGAUCUGCAACGGAAAGGGAGAAUGCAUCUGCGGAAGGUGCCGUUGCUUCGACGGUCCAGACGGAAACCGUUAUUCGGGAGCCAAGUGCGAGAUUUGUCCGACGUGCCCGACCAAGUGUAUCGAGUACAAGCCGUGUGUGAUGUGCCAGCAAUGGCAGACUGGACCGUACAACGAGACGAGAUGCGAUCAGUGUCCGUUCAAGGUCAUUCCGGUUGACGAGCUGCCGAGUGAGUUUGUUGUGUCCGUAGGGACGUCUUUUCGAGGAAGCUCGGACUUCUAGUUUGAGAGUCUAUUAAGAACUGACGAGUAUCACCAAAGUGAACUCUCGAUUAUGAGUCAUAACUGAGUGGAUUCAUUUACAAGACUUUCUAAAACUGGGCCCGCUGCGCGGUCCGAGCUAACGCUCGAAAGCGGCUUCGUCCCGUGUUUGUCUCAAAACUGUUUGAAAGUUCACGUGUUCAUUUCUUAAUUUCUCCGUAACAGAUUUUUCCGUUUUAGAAAUGAAAAAAUGGCCGGAAAAUCGGAGAAAGAAAGAAUGAAGCGGACAGACCGCGCUAGCUUUUUAUUAAAUAAGAAUGAUGAUGAUGAUGAUGAUGAUUACCCUUUCAUUCUAGAAUUUUUCAGCUCUGAAUGAUACAACUCCAUGUCAAUUCGUGGAUCCAGCUGACGAUUGUACCUUCUACUAUCUGUAUUAUUACGACGAGGCAACGGACAACGCGACAGUCUGGGUCAGAAGGCACAAGGAUUGUCCUCCACCAGUCCCAGUUCUUGCCAUUGUCCUGGGAGUCAUCGCUGGAAUCGUCAUUCUCGGAAUCCUUCUUCUUCUCAUUUGGAAGCUGCUCACAGUCCUUCACGACAGAGCAGAAUAUGCCAAGUUCAACAACGAAAGGCUUAUGGCCAAAUGGGAUACUGUAAGUUUCUGAAAGCCCACGACUAUGGGGAAUUUACUCAUUUUCAGAACGAGAAUCCAAUUUACAAGCAGGCGACAACGACGUUCAAGAAUCCAGUGUACGCUGGAAAAGCGCAUUGA